UAUGUGUGGCACAAAUUGACUUUCGUUUCACACUGGCUCCCUAACCGAUGUGCGGUUUUGUGCAUUGGCGUACCUACUUCUUUUCGUUGCCUUCUACACAGUGCUCUUCUAAGCAUGUGGCCGACGAUUCCGCCUUUUGAACCAUAUUCAUUGCAUGUGGCAGUUAUAGAGGCAGUUGUGUCUCUUCAAGACUCCACUGUGUGGUCUGUGCGAGAUAUUGUGCGCAGCAUUGAAAAGGUGAGGCAGAUCGCUUAUGGACUUUACGACUUCAUCUCACUGCACGAGGCAGCCAGGCACACUAUUCACUCCCACGAAACGCUCGGCGCGUCUAUCGAAACGCUACAGGCGAUGGAGCGACAAGUGCGGGAUUGUUCGGAUAUAAGCGAGAAAGGACAGCCAGUCAAGGCCUCUUCUCAACUCCAGAUGCACAUAGAAUCACAGAUCCGGAUGCUUCGAAAUCUCGAGCGCCGGUCACAGUCCAAUAAGGAGCGGCUACAGAACGAGGUUUCACUUGCUAUGACAAGACUAGGAGAGGCAGCAAAGAUGGACAGCAGCGCUAUGAGGACAAUUUCAAUAGUCACGAUGGCUUUCUUACCACCGACCUUCUUAUCAGCAAUCUUUAGCAUGAGCUUUUUCAACUACUCUCCGGGUCGAGGUACUGAGCCGUCGAGAUGGUCCGUUUCUAGCAAGUUCUAG